AUGCGAAAAGAGCGGCCAAUGGGAGCAGGCGCUACUGCUGCUCAGAGAGUCGUUAAGGAUUCAUGUGGAGGCCAAUAUCAUUUGCUACGACGCUGGAAUCAGCGCUUGCGAGAAAGGCAUGCAGUGGAAGCCAGCGUUGGGCUUGCUCAGAGAGCUGCGGAAGGUCAAAUUGGAGCCAGUCGCCAUCUAUUCACGUACAAUGCUGGAAUCAGCGCGUGCGCGAAGGGCGAGCAGUGGCAGACGGCCUUGCUGUUGUUCCGUGAGAUGUGCGAGGAGAAGGUUGAGCCAACCGUCAUCAGCUGGAGUGCUUGCAUCAGCGCAUGCGCGAACGGCGCACAAUGGAGAAUGUCAAAGCAUCUGCUCAGCGAGUUAUUGGCGGCAGGGGUCGAUGUCGGACACCACGCGUACAGCGCUGCAAUAAGCGCGUGCGAGAAAGGCGCCGAAUGGCAGCAGGCAUUGUCGUUGCUCAGGGAUGCGAUGGAUACGGUGGAGCCCAGUCUCACGAUGCACAACCCUGCAAUCAGUGCGUGUGAGACAGGCGGGCAGUGGGAGUGGGCAUUGUCGUUGUUCAACAGGUUGCCAGAGACGCAGCUGGAGCCAGAUAUCAUCAGCUACGAUGCUUGCAUCAGCGCGUGCGAGAAAAAUUGUCAGUGGCAGCAUGCACUGGUGCUCUUGAGAGUAAUGGAAAAAACGACGUUGUGGGUCAACACCGUGGGUAUGAAAAGAGAAAUUGGCGCAUACGACGCAGGGGGAAAGUGGCAGCAGGCGUUGUCAUUGAUCGGCGAUUGGCGGGAAGCAAAUCUGGAGAUGGACACCACAUUCUACAAUAUCGCGUUGCGGAUGUGCGCAAAGGGUGAGCAAUGGGAACACGCAUCCCGAUUGUUCUCCGCAAUGAAAGCAGGAGCGGUGGAGCCCGAUACCAUCAGCUACAGCACCAUGAUCAAACUUGAUCUUGGUGCGGCUCUUGGGGCUGUACGUGUCAGCUCCGUCGACACGCCGUAG